CUGCAGUACGACGAUGCGAGACCGAUCGCCAAUCCCACCAGCUACGAGGCCGGAAGACGAUAGUGGUCCCGACCAGGUCUUCACGUACUUGCAACUCUACGCCGAUCUAGAAUACCACGUCCUCAUCUGCCGUCGAAUCGAGUGCCGACACGCCAUCUCCCCAGAGGGAGGCCAAGUAACUGCACACCUCUGGAACAAGCACAGCGUUCCACUGGCCGACCGGUUAGGCCUUGCGGAGCAUAUACGCGAUAAUUACUCGCAGGGCUUCCGUAAACCUACAGAUGCAGCUCUGCCGCCAUGUGGUUCUAAGCCCCUCCGGAUCUCCAGACGUAUGAUGGCUUCAGCUGCCGGAAGUGCGUCUUCUUCACGACUAGCUUCCACGAGCUUACAAGGCACCUCUCUCAUAACCACCUUCACGGGGAAACCGCGACCCGGCCGCGAAUUGGCCUUCUCUACGACGAUGUCUAUCUACAGUCUUGGGCGGGCGGGCCUGAUCGACGAUAUUGGUCCGUGACUGGUGCAGAUGGGAGUACAGUUCGGCCAGUGCCCGGUCGC